GACGCAUGCGCGGCUCCGCCGGCUGGGUGGGAGCCGCUGCGGUGCCUGCUCGCCCCGCCAUGUCCGAGGCGUAUUUCCCCGUGGGGCCCGGGCUGGGCUUGGAGGAGAACUUCUUGUCGUUGGACGACAUUCUGAUGUCGCAGGAGAAGCUGCCGGGCCGCGCCGAGAGCACCCUGCCGCGCCUGGCCUUCGCGCUGGGCCAGGGGGCCGGCACCGGCGACGCGGUCCCGGAGGGAUCAAAGCUGGAAAUACCUCUGUGGCUUGCUAAAGGUCUCCAUGACAGCAAAAGAAGAAUACUUUCUGUGGAACUGCCAAAGAUUUACAAGGAAGCCUGGAGGACAGUGUUCAGCGCUGAUGCCAAUGUGGUUGAUCUGCAUAAAAUGGGGCCAUACUACUAUGGAUUUGGCUCCCAGCUCCUGAAUUUUGACAAUCCAGAGAAUCCUGAGAUAGCUCAGACUAUCCUGCAGACAUUUAUUAGCCGUUUUCGUCGUAUUAUGGACUCCUCUCAGAAUGCCUAUAAUGAAGACACAUCAGUGCUGGUGGCUCGGCUGGAUGAAUUGGAGCGAGCCUUAUUUCAAGCUGGCCAGAAAGGGCUGAAUGACUUCCAGUGCUGGGAAAAGGGACAGGCUUCUCAAAUCACAGCUUCCAGUCUGGUCCAGAAUUACGGGAAAAGAAAAUUCACGGAUAUGGAUGGUUAAAAGCCUGAAGAACAUCCAAGCUACAGUGGGGGACACAGAGAGAUUUACACUCUUUCACAGAAGAGAAAGAUGAAUCAGCUUUGGGGAAGGACAGGCUCCCUGUCCAUUAAUGGGAAUUUUUCUCUAUAACAUCUCUGGAUUAGGCUAGUGCAAAUUUUAAAGGCAAAUGGCAAGGGUAUAAAAAGUAGAUUGCGUCACAUAACUGUAUAGCUUUACAGCUUACUCAUACCAUUCCUGAGGAUUUGCAGUUAAAGUGUUUACUAGGUGGCUGAAAGGGUAUGAGAGGAUUUUCUAAAAGGGUAAUUAAUAUUUAUUAGUCUUUAUCUUCCAAACUGAUAUUUACAAUAUUGGAUUUGUUUGGGAAAAAGUGUAGUUCUUUGUAUUUCAUCUUGCCCUUCUCAUUCCAACCUCCUUGGAACAGCUGUUUCCAGGUUCCCUGUUCUUUGAAGAGCCCCAGUGAUGUGGAAGAAAAUGUGGUACAAACUGCAUUGCUUUUUUCCCAUUUCUUAUACACUGAGGUGGAACAGAUACUCUUUGUGAGGCAGGAAUGUUUUUAUUUGCUGACUUCUGUACACAGUGUUAGCGCCCUGGAGAUACAGACCUCACCCAUGUAGCAAGUGAAGUGGCUGUGCAGGUCUCAUGUGCCGUCUCAUCCUAUCUCUCCCUUUCAGCUGUGUGGGCUUGAUGCUGCAUGGGGCGGAGAAUGUUCUUGUUUGAUGUGAGUGGCUUUUGCAAUGGAUGUAUCUCUGUGAUGGCUGUUAAGCUCCUCCACUUGUUUUACAGAGGAGGCAACAGAAGGCGACAGAGUUAGUCUGGACCAGAUCAGAAGCAGCAGCUUUAAUGGAAACUCUCCCCCAUUAUCAGCCUCUGAGCCAUCUGUUUUCCCAUGAGAAAUUCUUCUGAUUACUAAAUUUGGUUAGUAGAAGGGACACAGCAAAAGAACUGAGUUUCCUUCCUUCUGAUCCAUCUAAAUGAUCCUAGCAAAAUGAUCCUUAGUAAAUGUCAUUCUUGCCAGUAGGAGUGACUGGAGUUGGAACUUGCCAAACACCCCAGUGGUUGUCAUCCUGUGUGGAUGCCCUUAAACCUAGAUUAUCUGAAGUCCCAUGGGAUGGGAGUCAGAAAACAGAUGGCUGUCUGUGUAGGACGUAGUUCCUGCAGUCAUCAGGAUGGUUGUCCUUUGGAAACAGGUAUUAGACAUCUUAUGGGUGCUUCUAAGCAGCUGUGGAAGGUGGACCUUGCAGAGUAGCUAAGUGGAGGAGCCAGGUUGUAAUGGUGCUGAGCACUUCCUCUUCUGUGGGAAUCAGUGGGAGGUGACAGCAAGACCCAAAUCUUGGAGGAGUUGUUACUGGAUCUGCAGAUGUACCUGAUACUUCAGACUGGAAACCUCAAGUACAAAGGGUGCCUGGUCAUUCCUUGCUCAGAGGAGUGGAAGAUCGGCCUCUGGAGGUGGUGAGAGGGGACAGUGUGCUGGCUUCACAAGCUCCGUGGUGUCUCUGCCUCAGCUGCCCAGGGCCAGCUGUCCUGCCACAGGAGACUAAUUGGAAGCUGUGCCUGACAAAGUAUUUCAAGUAUGUCCAAGAUCAAACGCUGUUGCACUUAAUGACUUAAUAGCACAUAAUAGCCUAUGCAUUUUAAUGAAGUUUUUGUCUAUUGUCCAUUUCCAGGUUUUUAUGUUGAAUAAAUAUUUUGUAAGGGGA